UGCGCUGUGAGCAUACCCGCGUCCAGACCAGUCAGCGAAGCAAAAUGACCGAGGAAGGAUCACCUAAAAAAAAAAUGACCGAGGAAGGCAGGCACAUCGCCGGCGAGCCCAUCCGGCCGCCGCGGCUGGAGGAUGCGGACCUGGAGGACUGCGCGCUCCCGACGGAGUCCAUCGCCGAGGCUUUCUCCCUUGCAGCGUUGGCCGUCUCCUCCCGCCUCCCCCACCUCCCCCUUUCCGAUGACGAGGACGACGAUGACCCGCUCGCGCCUCGUGGAGGCUGCGUGGAGGACGCGGGACCCACCUGCGGGGUCAUUCCCAACGCCCUUGUUGGCGCGAGGGGCGGCAGUGACGGCGGCGCCGACGAGGUCGUCGUCGGGCGCGGAGACAGGGUUGUUGUGAUCGGCCAAGAGCUGGGACAGGAGAAGGGUUGCGCCGAGGGGACCGGAGAAGGAGAGCAGCGGAAGGAGGAGGAUGAGAUUGUGGAGAAGGCUGUCUUGGUGAGAGAUUUCGCGUGAGCUUUUCUUCUAGCUUCAUGAGAAGAUAUCUCCCUAGUAUUUGUUGUUUCUUUGACUUGUACUAGAUCUUGAUUCAACGAUCAGAUGACACUAUGUUAGUCUCUUUGGUAUGGUGGAUUGGUGGCAAGCUACUUAGCAUCAACGGUAUUCGACUUAGUGCGUUGCUGAUGAAGUGAUGAUUGCUGCUGUUUUCCUGCUUGUUUUGUGCUCGAAUAGCGACAUGCUCUUGUUCAAAGUUAGUGACAAGCUAGUGGAUUUGGCAAGAUGCCAAUGCAA